UUCCGAAGCGGGCGGCCCGGGUCUGAUGUCCCAGCUCGUCCUGCUUUGUCCUCAGCUGCAGCAGACGCCGCUUCUCCCCAGGUUCACCAGAGGAAACCAUACAAAAUGCUUCUGCUGCCGCCGGCUGCUCUGUGCUGUCUGUGUUCAGCGCUGGUCGCCACGGCAACACAGCUGAUUCAGGAGGAUGUAACACUGACCAGGAGAGUCGGUCAAAAUGUCUCCUUCAGCUGUAGAGGAACUGAGGAGUGUGAUGGCAGUGUUACAUACUGGUACCAGAAGAAAGACACAGAAACAUUCAAACUGAUUCUCUACAUUAGCUGGUAUAGUGGUUCCAUUUAUAACGAUUUUAAUCAUCCUCAGAAAGCUGACUUCUCAUCUGUAGAUAAAGGUAAAGGUUAUGAGUUGCAGAUCCAGACAGUUGGACCCUCUCAUUCAGCCUCAUACUACUGCGCCUGUUGGAAGUAUGACAGUUCUACCCACAGUGAGAAAAGACUCCUGAAGUCUGUACAAAAACCUCCAGAUGCACAAACAUCAACCAGCGUGAGUGACACCAACAGAACAGGAAACCACGGCAACCAUCCCAUAGUUCAGCUCCAUCUCACACACAAACCAACUGAUCUGAGGACACUUUGAAUCCCAUACAUUUCCUAUUUUCCAGUGGAUUUGACCCAUUUGAACAGGUUUAAUGUUGGAAAAAACUGAGCAGAAAAAUCCCAAUCCAAAGGACAAACACAAUCAACCUGAAGAGUCAUGGACACGGACCAAUGUUGGACUCAGAGUUGGAUCCAUGAAAAUGAACAGUCCAUGAAAACCACUGCUGUGUUUGUCCACUUCAAAGCUCAAGUCAAUCCUCUGGAGACCAUGAAUGGGAAUCCAUCCAUCACUGGGUCCAGAUCCAGUCCAUGUGGACUAAAGGACUGAACAAACUGUCCAACUGAUGCACAAAAGACAAAGACAAAACCGUCCUGUUGAUGUGAAUAUGAGACAAACACAUCAUGGAUCUGGAAUCUCAUCCUGGUUCAGCAUCUGGACACGUUUAGUCCACGUCAGCCCACGGCGUCGGAGCACACAGGUUUUUGUACCAGCAUAUUUCACUGUGGGAGGAUGGUCCUACCUGAUCUUUGGUUCUGGGACUAAACUGUACGUAACAGGGGUUCAGAUGAUCCGGUGCUGAAGCCCGUGGUGGGCGUGUACCCGGCGGCGUCCACGGCCCCGGACGGGAAGACCUCCCUGAUGUGUGUGGCCUCAGGCAUGUCUCCUCCUGAGGUCCGCUUCUCCUGGAAAAGACAGAAGGACCACGGAACUGAGGAGGAUCUGCCCGACGCCCAGGGAGAACAGCUGGAGGUCCAAGAGUCUGGACGGAGAACCUCCAUCAGAACCAUCCAUCAGAACCACAACAGCUCAGAUAAAUACUGGUGCACGGUCCAGCACGAGGGGGGCACCACCCACCAAGAGGUUCCAGCUUCAGCCUCCUGUCCUCCACAGAGAAGGUCAGCAGACCCACCAGCUCUGCACAAACCACAGCAGAAGAUCAGCCGCCGCCUCCUCAUGGACAGCGCUGUGUCCUUCCAGGUCCAGACCAGGCUGAAGCUGCUCUGUGGACUCUACACCGUCCUCAUAGUGAAGAGUCUGGUCUACUGCUGUGGACUCUGUCUGCUCAUGAGCCUCUGAAACCAGGGACCGCCCACCACCGGAUCACAUGACCACCCGCUGUUCACCGCUCGCCUUUUCUCACAUCACUUCAGCUCCUUCCUCAUUUUGCUCAGGAUUCACACGUGGACGUUCGGACACGUCCCGCUCGGACGGACAUUUGGACAUUUGACUUCCACAUGUCCAACAUUCUAUUUACAGAUACUUAAUAGUUCACAGUUGAGUUUGCUUUGAUUUUCAGGAUCCACUUCAUUCCACCUCCAUCAUCGUCUGAAUAAUAGAAAAAUACACAUUCACAUCCAUUCACAUCCAACAAUAAUGAUCCCAUUCUUUUCAUUUCUGUUGAAGAUUUCAUUGAUUUGAUCGUAGAUUCUGAAGGUCUUUGCUUGGAUUGAUGUUUAUCAUCAGAUGCAUCUAGAGUUUCUCUGGAUUGAUUAUGAUGAGGUCGCUUAGAAAACAUACAAAUACAUAGAAACACAUGGAGGAAUUUAUCGGCUUAUUUUCAUUUUAAUACACGUUUUUUUUUCUCACGACCACAAAUCUCACACUUUGUCGUUUUUAUCAUUAUUCUGUCAUUUCAAUAAUGUCUCACGUCUGAUUUUGAAUUUGAAGUUUUCAGAUUUUACCAAGUAGCUUUAAAAUACAUACACACAAACCUAUUAUUAUUAUCAUUAUUAUUAUUAUUAUUAUAAUUAUUAUUAUUAUUAUUAUCAUUAUUGAAAUAAUUACUGAAGUAAAUGUGAUUGAAUGCAGUUUGAAUGUUGUGUCUUAUCUUCAGUUGUUUUUAUUCGUUUGAAUGUUUCUAGUACUUGUUUGCUUUUUCUUCUCACUAUAUGUAGAUUAUAUACAAUAUGUUCAUGAGAUUCAACCAGUGGAACUUUUUCAAUAAACUCAAAUAUUGCAGCGUU